ACGUGACUUCCUUUCCGGUCUAACCUGACAAUAUGGAUGCCAGCCGCGUGCAGCCGAUCAAGCUUGCAAGAGUCACCAAGGUGCUCGGGAGAACUGGUUCCCAGGGACAGUGUACCCAGGUCCGUGUGGAGUUCAUGGAUGACAGCAACCGUUCCAUCAUCAGGAAUGUGAAGGGGCCAGUCAGAGAGGGUGAUGUGCUGACACUUCUGGAGUCUGAAAGGGAAGCCAGGAGGCUGCGAUAAAGUGCCCGGGGAAGAUAUGAGAUGCCAAACCAACGCCUAUGGCGCAGACGCCCCAUCAGUUCACCUGCAAUGGCCCCACAUCUCACUUGUGCAGUUUUUUUUUUUUUAAAUAAAAUUGGUUGUUCAAGGUGAA